AUGGAAACCGAUAAGAAAUCGAUAAAAAGGAAAAAAUCAACAAAUGUUCUGUUUACGGAUUCUGAUUUCAAAUCGAUGUUGAAUGAUCCGCAAACAGCUUUUUCAGGCUUAGAAUCAUUCAUAAAAGCCAUCAACGGCCCCCAAAAUGCUCACUUUGACAUAGUGGCCAGCUACUGUAGAACGGCCAGUGACUGUAAAGAAAUCUUUGAUCUUGUCUUCAGGACAAAAAUUAAAGCCCAGGAGGCGUAUCUUGUGUUUGAAUCACUCAGACACAUCCUGUCUAGAAUUUUUACCGACUUAACUCACUAUGAGCCAUUAGGCCAAAAUAUCAUAAGAAGACUAGUCUCCAGUCACCUGACUACACUGCUCAAGCAGACGUCAAUGUCAAAUAAAUCAGGCCAAAUUAAAUCUGCCCUAAAACUUUUAACCCUAAUUGUCAGUGGCGGCAAAUUUGGGCGAUGUGAGGAUGAUGAUGAAGAUGGAGCUUCUGAUGAUGAUAAUGACGAAGAUGAUGGAGAGGAGGAUGGAAAUAGAAAAAAAAAGAAAGCUAAAAUAUCUAAUACUUCAAAUAAUAAUAAUAAUUUGAAUGGGGGGUCCAAAUGGGGUUGGGUCAGUAGGGAGAUGGUGUCAAGGAUCGACUUAACCCACAAUAACUGGCUGGCACUCGUUAACAGGAAAGAUAUGAAGCACAAGCAAGAUGUGAAACAUUGUCUGGUUGAGUUUUUGUGUUCCCUUCUUGGGACAAAUUCCCAUCUCAUCAUUAAGACUGUUGUCGAUGCUAAAGAUUUCAAUAGAGUUUUAUUUGAAAGUUUGUAUGGAGACAGAAGUGAUGUGAUAUGUUCAUAUCUCCACUCACUUAUCCAUCACGUUGUCAUGAACCAAUCAGUUUCAAAGACGACAAAGGUUCAUCUGUUUAAUGAGAAAAAUCUCCUUUCAUUGGUCAAACUGUACAGAUGGGAGGGGCCUAAAAAAUGGCAGGAUAUGAUUGGCCAUCGGAAGAGCCAAUCGAAAAAAAGCAUCUCCGGUGGUGAUGGGGGUGAUGGUGAUUUUCAGAAGAGAUUAAUUUAUUUCACAGAUGGAGAACUGACGAACGAACAACAGAAUGUUCGCCAGAGCGUUCACCACUUGUUCACUCAGCUAUGUUCAUCUUUCAAGUUUGGAAUCAUAUUCAAAGAUAAAUCCUGGAACACCGCCACACCAUCACGAAGUUUUGGUAAUCUUAUAGAUGACGACGAGGCUAAUUCUAGAAACCCUAACCGUCUUAUUACGUGCCUGCUAACGCAACUGCCUGCCUCAUUCUACAACGAUCCGUUACUACGCAAUCUCGCGAUCGAAAUCUUCAGGACAAUUCCGGAUCAGCUGUUCCUCUAUUUGGGAGGUUCCGGAUUUGUGGGACUGCUAGAGCCCAGGUUGUCAAAAAACUGGUUCACUUCGUGCCAACCGGUCCUAAGGCAACUGCAACAUGAGAAACGAAAAAUUCUGCAACAACAACAGCAGACGUUAAGAUCGCAACAACAAAUAUUACAUCAACAACAACAACAUCGGCAACAAUUGUUGCAGCUGCAUCAACAACAAAGACAUCACCUCGAUGAAUUUAUUAGGAGCUUUAGGAAGACGCUGAUUAAGGUUUUACCUAAGCUCUGCCUUUUUGUAUCUGCCUUUGAAAAUCUGUUGGCAACGAAGCAAAAUAAACCUGAACAAAAUGUUAAUAACCAGACAGUUGAAGAUGAGCCAAAGACGACGGCCUUUGACGUUUUUAAACAGCUUCUUUCCAUACAACUCGCUUAUCUUUCCUUAGCCAAAAAAUAUAACGACGAUGAUAAUGAUACAGAUAAUAAUAACAAUAAUAAUAAUAACAAUAAUAAUAAUAACAAUAAUAAUAAUAAUAAUAGUGCUGAUGACGUUGGUGAUGAUGAGGAUGAUGAUGGCAUUAUAUUGAAAUUUACUAGGGUGGUUGCAAAAGCCUAUAAUAAACAAAUAAAUAUAAAAAAGGACGAUGACGUCAUCGGUGAUGGUGGUGGUGGUGGUGAUGAUGGUGGUGGCAAAGAAGAAGAUGAUGAUGGAAAAUUAUUUGAAAAUAUACUAAAAACCUACGCUAAAAUAUUAACACUUCGAAGAAGUGAAAAAAUUGACGAUGGUGAUGAAUUAGAGAGAGCUCUGCGUAAAAUUAAGAAGAUUAUGAAAGAUGAUGAUGGAAAUGAUGAGGAUGAAAUGGGAAAAGAACCAUCACCGCUGACGCCAUCUUCGGCUCAUCAACUCGCCCUGAUCAACGACAACAGUGACGUCAUCAGUGAAGUUAACAUCGAUGACGUCAACAAAAACAUCAACAGCAUGAAAAUUGACCAGUUGGUUGAUUUGUUAUCUAAUAGAUCCGCCAACAAGGUCGAUCUUCUGAAUGCUCUGAAACUGAUUGAAGAGAGAAUUAAGAAAGGAUUGAAAGACAAAACAUUACGUGAAAUAUGGCCGAAAUUUGUAAAAAAUGGACUCAAGCUGGCCAGCAUAGAUCAUUGCAGAUGUCUGAACGCCGGCCUUUUAGUUCUAUGGUUUGGCGGCUUUUCCGCCACUCUUUCCACCACAGACAAAUGCUUGAUGAGUUUAAUUGAAAUGAGUGAGAAAGCCGGCCUCUCAUUGGCUGACAGGAAACCUUUUUAUUGGGGUCAGAGGUCAUUGGACUACGAAGCCUCCAAAAAAGUUCUCUUCGUUGGCACCCUUGUGGAUCAUGGCCUGAAUGAGUUUGUGGAUUUCUUAGAUGCUGACGUCAUGCUUAGGACUGCAAUUAAGUUCCCUCUGGAAUGUUCUGUUGAUUUCUCCACUGACACAACGAGUUGGAUCGGCAACACCAAUCUUCCUUACAAUGACGACGACGACGACGAUGAUGAUGAUGAUGAUGAUGAUGACGGAGACGGGGAUGACGACAACAUCAAAAAGAUUAAAAAUCGUAAAGUAACAAGCAAGCUGUACAAUCCCGUUUACUUUCUAACUGCAUUCUCCUACCUUCUCAAUGAAAGCUCAGAAAUUGAUUGCAGAAAAUUCGCCGAAAAAAACUGCCUCUCAUUGGCUAUUGCCAGCUUGACCAGCCACAAGCAACCAAUGAGAGUCCUCGGUGGGCGUGUCCUAUCUAAGUACCGCGAGCAAUUAGAAAGCUCUAAAUUUGCAGAUAGAGAUCAGAUCGUUUGCUUAUUGGAUGCUUUAAAAAAUGGACUGGAUAGUUCGGAGGGGAAGUUACCCUGCGUAGUUUCAUGUUUUUUGGUUAGGGCCCUUGGGGUGCUCCUUAAGCCGGACCACCACAUGUACAACAUCGUCAACCAAUUCCUCCUUCUUAAACCUGCCUUGGCCUUGGAUGACAUCCCAGAAUUCUACAAACUUUUCUAUAGCUCCUCCUUCGAGCACAAAAAGGAAAAAUCAUGGUUUUUGUCAAUCCUAUUGGAUGGCUUGAGGGAGACGAAAGACUAUCAUUUGUGUAAAAGGAGAAAGGUCUUCAGAUCCUUACUGUCCUUCUAUCAUUCGCCAUUUUGUGACCAUUCUUAUAAGUUACAAAUCUUGGACAUCCUGAUAUCGAUAUCCGGGAACUCCAGAUCAGUUGUGUGGGAUCUCAUUAAGAGGAAGGCAAUUAUUUCAAAAUCCUCAAAAACCUUUCUCUACAGGGUUACAAACAAGGGGAAUAUGGCCAAGAAAUCCUCCUCAUCUUCCUCAUCAUCUUCCUUCUCCUCAUCAUCAUUAUCAUUAUCGUUGUUUUCAUCAUCUGCGUCAUCAUCUUGGCUACUUAUAGUAAAAAAAGUAGUCAAACUUUUACAAAUUUUUUGGCGAGCAGUCUUGUCCAGUAAAAGUAAGCCUCCCGACCCAGAUUCAAGACGACCUCCUGAAAUUAGGUCAGAGCGUAAAGAUGGAAGCGUCACUAACGUGUCAGGCGUUCCGUGA